AGAACACACCCCGAGACCCUUCGCAUCCACGGGACCGGAGGAGUUUCCGCCCUGCCAGAUUCAGGAUUACGGCCGAGAUUUCCAGCCCCGCCACGGAUUUGCCAGCUGGGUCCCUGUCAUCCUGAGUCUCUUCCUUCCUCUGCGAAAGGCAGGGAGCGACCAUGUCACCGUUUCUCCGGAUCGGUCUGUCCAACUUCGACUGCGGGUCCUGCCAGCCCUGUCAGGGGGAGGCCGUCAACCCCUACUGCGCCGUGCUCGUCAAAGAGUACGUCGAGUCAGAGAAUGGACAGAUGUACAUCCAGAAAAAGCCGACCAUGUACCCGCCCUGGGACAGCACGUUCGAUGCCCACAUCAACAAGGGAAGGGUGAUGCAGAUCAUCGUGAAGGGCAAAAAUGUGGACCUGAUAUCCGAGACUACGGUCGAGCUCCACUCCCUGGCUGAGCGGUGCCGGAAAAACAAUGGGAAGACAGAAAUAUGGCUAGAGCUGAAACCUCAAGGCCGAAUGCUAAUGAACGCAAGAUACUUUCUGGAAAUGAGCGACACCAAGGACACGAGCGAAUUCGAGACGGAGGGCUUCUUCGCUCUGCACCACCGCCGAGGAGCCAUCAAGCAGGCCAAAGUCCAUCACGUCAAGUGCCACGAGUUCACGGCCACCUUUUUCCCCCAACCCACGUUUUGCUCUGUGUGCCACGAGUUUGUCUGGGGUCUCAACAAGCAAGGCUACCAGUGUCGACAGUGUAACGCCGCCAUCCACAAGAAGUGCAUCGAUAAGGUCAUAGCCAAGUGCACGGGGUCGGCGGUCAACAGCCGAGAAACCAUGUUCCACAAGGAGAGGUUCAAAAUCGACAUGCCGCACAGAUUUAAAGUCUACAACUACAAAAGCCCGGCCUUCUGUGAGCACUGCGGGACUCUGCUCUGGGGCCUGGCCAGGCAAGGGCUGAAGUGUGACGCAUGUGGCAUGAACGUGCAUCACCGAUGCCAGACGAAGGUGGCCAACCUGUGUGGCAUAAACCAGAAGCUAAUGGCUGAGGCGCUGGCGAUGAUCGAGAGCACCCAACAGGCUCGCUGCUUGAGAGACACCGAGCACAUCUUCAGAGAAGGUCCGGUUGAGAUCGGUCUCCCGUGCUCCGUGAAAGGCGACGCAAGGCCACCACAUGGGCCCGCCCUGGGGAAACGAGAGCCACAGGGCAUCUCCUGGGAGUCUCCCCUGGAUGAGAUGGAGAAAAUGGGCUGCCACCCAGAGCCCGAACUGAACGUGGAAAGAUCAUCUCUACGUAUGAAAUUGAAGAUCGAAGAUUUCGUCUUGCACAAAAUGUUGGGGAAAGGCAGUUUCGGCAAGUUCUUCGUGAUGGAGUAUCUCAAUGGCGGGGACUUGAUGCACCACAUCCAGAGCUGCCAGAAGUUCGACCUGUCCAGAGCAACGUUUUACGCGGCUGAAAUCAUUCUCGGGCUGCAGUUCCUGCACUCCAAAGGCAUCGUGUACAGGGACCUGAAGCUAGACAACAUCCUGUUAGACAAAGAUGGACACAUCAAAAUAGCGGACUUUGGAAUGUGCAAAGAGAACAUGUUGGGGGACGCCAGGACGAACACCUUCUGCGGGACACCGGACUACAUCGCCCCGGAGAUCCUGCUGGGCCAGAAGUACAACCACUCCGUGGACUGGUGGUCCUUCGGCGUUCUCCUCUACGAGAUGCUGGUCGGCCAGUCGCCUUUCCAUGGGCAAGACGAGGAGGAGCUGUUCCACUCCAUCCGCAUGGACAAUCCCUUCUACCCACGGUGGCUCGAGAAGGAGGCCAAAGAUCUUCUGGUGAAGCUCUUCGUGAGGGAGCCCGAGAACAGGCUGGGAGUGAGGGGGGACAUCCGCCAGCACCCCCUGUUCCGCGAGAUCAACUGGGAAGAGCUGGAGAGAAAGGAGAUCGACCCUCCGUUCAGGCCUAAAGUGAAAUCGCCCUGUGACUGCAGCAACUUCGACAAGGAGUUCCUGAGCGAGCGGCCGCGGCUGUCCUCCACCGACCGCAGGCUCAUCAACAGCAUGGACCAGAACUUGUUCAAGAGCUUCUCCUUCGUCAACCCCGGGGUGGAGAGGCUGCUGUCCUGAGCCGCCUCUCCGCACGCACGCACGCGGGGGCCUGCCGUCUCUCUGGGAGCCGGGACGGAGGGACUCCCGGGCGGCGGCGGCAGCUUGGAAAAGGACGGAGACACUCGACGCGGAAGGCUGAGGCCGCGGCAGACGCCAGCUCGGCGUCGCCCACGGCAGCGCCUUUGGCUUCUCCGCCGUCACCUCCACGGCCGCUCUCGAAGUGGGGUCAUCACUCGUCACAGUUAUUUACCUGGCAGAUGGUCCCCCGCACUGUGAAGGCCCUGAACGCCGGGCUCUGCUCUGAGUGAUGGCUCUGCAGCUGGGCACCGACGGCCGAGCCGUGGGAUACCUGAGGACUCAAGGAGCACGGUGAGGACAAACAUCUCGAGACUGGAGCAGCACGUGGCGGGAGCAGCGGCGGAUGCCGUGGACGAACGACCACUAACCCUGUUUAUCCUGUGCACGCCUGGAACGGGGCAGGGAAAGCCCCGAAUCGGUUUUCAUGGGAAUGAGUCACAAUAAACGUAGCUUGUAACUGGGGAUGUACAAAACCGUUCAUUCCGACCGGCCGGAGAUGCACGGGACGGAGGGAAGUGGCAAGUGGGAGAGUCUCCCGACUCUGGUUAGUUGUCCACAUAGCCAGUGAAUUUAGAGUCCAAAAAGACAAAAUCGAGGCUCUCCUGCCGGAAAAAGCCUUCCCAUCCACCCGUUUCCAGUCGAUUCCAGGACCGGUGGCGGUCACUCACUGCCAUCCCCCCACGUGAUAACGAGAACAGAAAUAAAGUGCGUAAUUCCUCUAAGAGAAAAGAAAACCAGCCCCUCGAUACACCAUCGCUGAUGAUUCGAUGGCUCAUUAGUCUCUGUAGGCGUCACUCAAGAUAAAGAGCCAUGCAUGCUACCUACACCUCAUCUAGUGAGAAUUCUAGCCGUCCGUGCUAGGUUGGAGUAUCUGUGCCGUGUGUGUAUUUUGAUCAGUUGCUGUGACUUAACGAUGAAGCGGUGGAUAUGUGAAUGUGGA